UCAAGUAAAGUUUAUCUCAAAAAAAAUAUCGACGGUGUGCAAAGUGGUGGCAUACAUACAUGCAGUACGUGCCAAAAGACGUUCAGAAGUAAAAAUUAUCUCAAAAUACACAUCGAAUCGGUGCAUCAUAAAAUUACGUAUCCAUGUGAUAUUUGCGGAAAGACAUUCGCACAAAAAGGUAAUCUCAAAAAGCACAUUGAUUCGAUGCAUCAUAAAAUUACAUAUCCAUGUGAUAUUUGCGGAAAGACAUUCGCACAAAAAGGUACUCUUAAAACCCACAUCGAAUCGCUGCAUCAUAAAAUUACGUAUCCAUGUGAUAUUUGUGGAAAGACAUUCGCACAAAAAGGUACUCUCAAAACCCAUAUCGAAUCGGUGCAUAAUAAAAUCCCGCAUCCAUGUGAUAUUUGCCAAAAUACAUUCUCAGAAAGGAGUAGUCUCAGAAAGCACAUUGUUUCGGUGCACAACAAAAUCACGCAUGCAUGUGAUAUAUGCCAAAAGACAUUCACACAGAAAGCGAAUCUCAAAGUCCACAUCGAUUCGGUACAUCGUAAAAUCACGCAUCCAUGUGAUAUAUGCCAAGAGACAUUCACACAGAAAACAAAUCUCAAAAUCCACAUCGAAUCGGUGCAUCAUAAAAUUACGUAUGCAUGUGAUAUAUGCCGGAAGACAUUCUCAGAAAAGAGUACAUUAAAAAAACACAUCGAUUCGGUGCAUAAUGGUGUUAGUUACACAUGUGAUGCAUGUGGGAAGACAUUCACACUGAAGAGCAAUCUCAAAAGACACAUCGAUACGGCGCACAAUGGUACUGAACGAGUAUGUGAUAUGUGCGGGAAAAAAUUCACAAGAACGAGCGCUCUCCGAGUACACAUCGAUUCGCUGCACAAUGACAAUCCUAAAAAAUGUGGCACAUGCGGUAGGGCGUAUGUAAGUAAGAAUAAUCUCCAAAGACACAUCGAUUCAGUGCAUAAUGGUAUUACCUACGCAUGUGAUAAAUGUGAAAAGACAUUCACACAGAAGAGCAAUCUCAAAACCCACCUUGAAACAGUUCAUCGCAGGUUCAUUAAAACUUAA